AUGAAAGAUCUAAAAGUUAAGGUGGACACAUCAGCUAUGACACCAGAUUUGCACAGGAUUCAGGUGAAAAAUGUGACCGAAGUCACUUGGUUUAUAUUACUGGGCUUCACAGAUGACUAUGAGCUGCAAGUCUUCCUUUUCUGUCUUUUUCUAACCAUCUAUCUUUUUACUGUCGUAGGGAAUUUAGGACUGGUUGUAUUGGUCCUUGGGGAUUCUAGGCUCCACACCCCCAUGUACUUCUUUCUUAGUGCUUUAUCAUUCUUGGAUGCCUGUUACUCUUCAGUUAUCACCCCCAAGAUGUUGGCCAAUUUCCUAUCAGAGAGGAAAGACAUUUCCUAUGUUGGAUGUGCGACACAGAUGUUUCUUGCUAUUACUUUAGGGACCGCAGAAUGCUUUCUCUUGGCUGCAAUGGCGUAUGACCGCUACGUCGCAAUCUACAACCCCCUCCUGUAUUCAGUCAACAUGUCACCCAGGGUCUAUGCACCCCUUAUCAUAGGUUCCUUUGUCUGUGGCCUUUUGCAUGCUUCUACACACACGCUGGCUACAUUUAGACUCUCCUUCUGUGUAUUCAAUGAGAUUCAACAUGUCUUCUGUGACACUCCUGCUUUACUUACGAUAUCUUGUUCUGAUACACACAUGAACCAGCUCCUACUCUUCUACUUAGUGGGUUCCAUUGAGUUAGUCACCUUUCUGAUUGUCCUGGUCUCCUACGGUUGCAUCUUGGUGGCAAUUAUGAAGAUGCAUUCCACUGAAGGGAGAAGAAAAGUCUUCUCUACAUGUGGCUCUCACCUCACCGGAGUGUCCGUUUUCCAUGGAACAGUUCUCUUCAUGUACGUGAGACCAAGUUCCAACUAUGCUUUGGAGUAUGACAUGAUAGCAUCAAUCUUUUAUACCACUGUGAUCCCCAUGCUAAAUCCCAUCAUCUACAGCUUAAGGAACAAAGAUGUCAAAGAGGCUAUGAAAAAAGUGUUUGGGAAAAAUCAAUGUAUCAACAAAAUAUGUUUUCCACACUGA